AUGGAAGCGAAGAAAUUAGACACGAAGUUGAAACAAUUAAAGCUUACUAUAGAUCGAACAGGUACGAUUAUCGAAUCGAAUCAACAAGAUGCAAUCGAGAGACAUUGUGUUACUAUCAAAUCUAUAACAAAUAGCAUAAACGAAAUGCGAGUAACCGUCGAAGAGAGUAAAAUACAAGCUGAUAUAGACAUGGCGGAAAUUACAACGUGGAAUGCAGAAAUCGACAACAAAUUGGCAGAAUCGGAUAAAGUCGUUGAAGAACUAAGAACAUGGCUUGAUCAGCGUCGAAAAGAGAAGGAUAACGUCGCGAGAGAAGAACAAAUUCAGUUUGAAACAAUGCUUUUCAAAACGAGAAUGGAAUUUGAAACGAAGUUAGCAAGUGCGAAAGUGGAAACACUGACAGUAAACAAAGAAGAAAAUUCGCAAGGUGAGUCGCAACCAAGUGUAUCAGCUAAACUACCAAAGUUAGUUAUAUCAAAAUUUGGUGGAGAUUUUCAAGAUUGGCCCAGAUUCUGGGGACAGUUUUUAGAAACGAUCGAUAAAGCUAGUAUGCCCCCCAUCACGAAAUUUACUUACCUCUGUGAGUUACUUGAUCCCAAGAUAAAGCAUACUAUUGAUUCAUUACCCUUCACCACUGAGGGCUACAACAGGGCAAAAGCUAUCCUGAAGGAUCGCUAUGGAAAAGAAUCGGAAAUUAUUAAGUCUUACACCAAGGAUAUAAUGGAUUUGCCAUAUAUUCACGGUACAAACCCCAAGAAAAUUAAAGAUUUUAGCGAGCGUCUCAACCAUUGUGUGCAAGCAUUGCAAACAAUGAACAAACUGGAUCAGGUUAAUGGGAAUGUCGCGAUGACAUUGGACAAACUUCCUGGGAUUAGAGGACACCUUGUAAGAACAGACCCUGAGUGGGACAGAUGGACCUUUUCCCAGUUAGCAGAAGCAGUUCGUCAGUGGAGUCUAAGAAACCCUGUGGAUCAAAGUCGUACAGAUCGGGAUAAGGAUCGACAAACCAAAUCGUUCCAUGCCAAGUCACGUGAAUGCGUUUAUUGUGGUGAUGUAACUCAUAAAGCAGGAAAUUGCACCAAGAUUACUAAUGUGACCGAACGGAGACAUAUUCUGGCACAAAAACGAUUAUGCUUCAAUUGUGCAAUUGGAACCCAUCGUGCAGCAGAGUGUUCCAGCAAGAGAUCCUGUCAAAACUAUGGAAAGCGACACCACACUUCUAUCUGUGACGCACCAAAAGGAGAAGAAAAGGAGCAUCUUAUGACUACAAACCAGUCAAACGAAAGUGUGCUGCCUGUUAUUGUCAUCAAGGUGAACGGGGUGAAGUGUAGAGCAUUAAUCGAUACAGGAUCUGGGAGCUCAUAUAUUUCAGCAAAACUCGUAGAAGUACUGAAAGUGAAACCUAUUUCGACACAAACAAGGCAAGUUGAAAUGCUUAUGUCAUCAAAGAGCGUACGCAUGGACAUAUACGAAUUGAACACUGAAUCCGUCAGCGAACAGUACCAAAUGCCAGUGAAGUUCAUCAAAGUCAAUAAACCAGAACUUCUCACUGUUGAAAACCCAAAUUAUGCAGACCUCAUACGAGACAACACCUAUCUGUCAGAGGUGGUAAUCACAGACAAGGACACCAAGAGUCAACUUCCUGUGCAUGUUAUCCUUGGGAGUGGCGAAUACGCACGCAUAAAGACGGAGACGAAACCUUGUGUGGGAAAGGAAGGAGGUCCAGUGGCGGAGUUGACAAAGAUGGGAUGGUUCAUAAUGAGCCCUGGAACAGAAUUCGACCGGAAGCGAAUGCUGUUGACGCAAACGUCACAAACCGAUUAUGAAGGUUUAUGUCGAAUGGACAUUCUUGGACUUGCAGAUACGACUGAGAAUGACCAAAGUAUCGUACAUGCUGAGUUCAAGGAGCAACUUCAUCGCGACAAGGAAGGCUGGUAUGAGACGGGGUUGCCCUGGCGAGCUAAUCACCCGGAUUUGCCAAGUAACGAAACGGGAAGCUUGCAGCGAUUGAACAAACUUGAGAAGAAUUUAGAGCGAAAAGAUUUAACAGCAGCGUAUGAUGAAGUUAUUGAGAAUCAAAUUAAAGAAAAUAUCGUUGAGAAAGCUCCUGUCAAAGCCUCGGGUCAAGAGUUUUAUAUUCCGCAUAAACCGGUUGUGCGAGAAACGGCAUCAUCGACAAAAUUACGAGUUGUUUAUGACGCGUCGGCACGGGCGUCCCCUGAUUCCCCAUCCCUCAACGAAUGCCUUAACCCAGGACCACCACUUCUCAAUCGACUAUGCGAUGUUCUAGUUCGACAACGUGUGUAUCCAGUAGCAUUAACGGGAGACAUUCGCCAAGCAUUCUUACAAAUACAUGUACGCGAAAGCGAACGAGAUGCCUUGAGAUUUCACUGGCGGUCAGGUGAAGGAAAUGAAAUUGAAACGUACAGGUUUACACGCGUUUUGUUUGGUCUUUCCCCUUCUCCAUUUCUCCUGAAUGGUGUUCUUGAAGCUCAUCUUGAUACAUGGGAAAAGAGGUGUCCAGACGUUGUAGCUGAAUUGAGAAAGAGUCUAUAUGUUGAUGACCUUCUGUCUGGUGGACAAACAACUGAACAAGCACAACACACGAAAGAAACGGCCAGCGAGAUACUUCAAGACGCCACAUUUCAGUUACAUAAGUGGAACUCAAAUGUUCCUGAACUAGAAGACAAGCCCACAGCACAAACCGAAGACGAGCAAACGUACGCGAAGCAACAAUUGAAUGUAAGCCAACAAGAUCCAAAGAUGCUCGGGUUAAAGUGGAACAAGAAACAAGACCUUUUGAGUGUAGUAAUCCCCAAAGAUAAGGCUCAGCCAACAAAACGUGGAGUACUCGGGAAGUUAGCAAGAAUUUACGACCCUUUAGGACUUAUAGCACUAGUGACACUCGAAGGCAAACAGAUUUACCGAGAAAUUUGUGAAUCUCAAAAGUCUUGGGAUGCCCCGUUAAACGAGAAUCUUCAACAACGGUGGAAGAAAUGGGAAGAAAAAACGCUCGAGGAAUAUUCAGUACCACGUUCAAUCACUCGUUAUCAGGAAGAAAUUGACGCCGUAGAACUACAUGCAUUCAGUGAUGCUUCUAUCAAAGGAGUUGGAGCCGCUGUUUAUUCGGUCGUUCAUCAAUCGUCGGGGUCCACUCAACAACUUGUAGCAGCUAAAGGUCGUCUUGCCAAGAAAAACUUAACAAUACCUAGACUCGAACUUGUUGGCGCACAUAUGGCUACUAACCUGCUCAUCAAUGUACGAAACGCUCUUGAUAACAUCCCAACACCACAACUAUUUGGAUGGAUUGACAGUACAGUCGCCCUACAUUGGCUUAAAGGGAACGGUCAGUAUAAACAAUUUGUUGCGAACAGGGUGGCCAAGAUACAGUUACACAAAGAUAUUCAUUGGAGAUAUGUUCCCACAGGGGAGAACCCCGCUGACCUGGCGAGCAGGGGUGGUCAAAUCAAGCCAGAAGCACUUUGGAAGAAUGGUCCGAAAUGGCUUCAAGACGAGCGUGGGUGGCCCGACAAUCCAGUAACGAAACCUUCACCAUCCUCAGAGGCGGAGGCAAAAGCAACAAAGGAACUGUUAAAUAUCGUAAAUUUUAGCGACGAUGACGACGAAUUCGAUCGAUUACUGGAACGUUCAACGUUAAGACGUGCAUGUAGAGUCGGGGUGUUGAUCAAGAGGUUCAUACACAAGGUCAAAGGUAAUGACAAAAGGUCCGGCCCAAUUACGACGGAAGAAGUAAUCAGUGAACGCGACUGGUGGAUUCGCCGUGUUCAACAACGAGUACAGAAAGAACCGCAGUAUCCUAAGUUGGUUGAAGAGUUAGGAUUACGUGCUAAUGCAGACAACAUUUUGGUAUGCCACGGGAGAAUUCAAGGACAAUAUCCAAUAUUCCUUCCAGGAGACGCGAAGUUUACAGAGAAGUUAGUACAACGAGUACACAGCGAAACGCUGCAUGGGGGAGUGAACUUAACUAUGGCUGCAGUUAGGGAACAUUUCUGGGUACCUAGAUUGCGAAACUUAGUCAAGAUCGUUCGUAGCAACUGUUAUGGAUGUAAAAGAUUCCGCGUGUCAUCUAUCCCCAAGCCAGUACCAGGUCAAUUGCCAGAAGAACGAACCAGGGUUGGAGGAGCCUUUGAAGUCAUUGGUACGGACUUCGCUGGCCCUAUCAGAUACAAGAAGAAAGGCAACAAGGAAGGAAAGGCGUAUUUGGCUAUAUUUGCAUGUAGUCUCUCUCGAGCUGUGCAUUUAGAGUUAUUACCGAAUAUGGAAACGGAAACGUUCAUACCGUGCCUCAAGCGAUUUAUUGCGCGUCGUGGAAGGCCACGUAUAAUUUAUUCGGACAACGGUGGAACAUUUGUUAAAGCUGCAAAGUGGAUUUCACAGCUAAGAAAGGACGAGCGACUUCGAGGUCUUCUAGAACAGUACGAGAUAAUGUGGAGGUUCAAUUUAAGUCGUGCCCCAUGGUGGGGCGGACAGUUUGAAAGACUUAUCGCUAUUGUUAAGUCCGCUAUGUACAAAGUCAUUGGGAAUGGUGUUCUUACGUGGACGGAGCUUAGUGAAGUGUUGUUGGAUGUGGAAACGCAAAUCAAUCGUCGACCGCUCAGCUAUGUUGAGGAUGAUCUAGAAUUACCGACCUUGACUCCAGCGACCUUCUUAUAUCAACGCGUGUCUCACUUGCCGGAAGAGCAACCAUGGACAAUCAGUGAACAAGAUAUUCGGAAAAGAGCGAAAUUCCUCAAAUCGUGCAAACAUGGGUUGUGGCGUAGAUGGCAACGAGAAUAUCUAACUGCACUAAGGGAAAGACACAAUCUAACACACAAAGUGAGCAAAUUUCAACCGAAGGAAGGCGAUGUGGUCAUUGUAAAAGCAGACUCCAAGAAUCGGGGAACUUGGCCCUUAGCAGUGGUUGCUAAAACCUUUGUUGGUAAAGAUGGAGUUAUUCGAGGCGUUCAGCUCAGGACUGGAAAAGGAACAAUAGAAAGACCAGUUCAACUGUUGUUAUAUCCACUUGAACUAGCGUGUGAUGUCAAGCCAAACACGAGCGGAGUGAGUCUAAACCCAAAAGCACCGGAAUUUCGACCCAAGAGAGCUGCAGCAGCUAUAGCAGAUGCCCGGAUUAAACAGAUUCAAGGGAUAGAAGAAGAAGAGAUAUAA